AUUUUAAACAUUUUGCAAGGCGGUGGGUUCAAGACAGGUGAGAGCAUCCCGCAGGUCGCCGCCCAGGAGCCGGGGGGCACUUGGCGCGCUCUCCGGAGACAGGCUGCACUGGAAACCUGAAAGUUUUUGGCUUUUAUUUUUUAUGCAGAUGCACUUAUAAAGAUACAAGUACAUUUUUGUUCUUCCCUUGUCUCCAAGCGAGUACUUUUGGCAAAGGACGGAGGAAAAAGCUCAGCAGCAUUUUGGGGGGCGGUUGUUGUUUUUUUUUUAAGAAAAAUAUUUGCAUCGCAAUGGAGAAAAUGUCCCGACCGCUCCCCCUGAACCCCACCUUUAUCCCGCCUCCCUACGGCGUGCUCAGGUCCUUGCUGGAGAACCCGCUGAAGCUCCCCCUUCAUCCUGAAGACGCGUUUCAUAAAGACAAAGACAAGGACAAGAAGCUGGACGAUGAGAGUCACAGCCCGACCAUCCCCCAGUCCGCCUUCCUGGGACCCACCUUAUGGGACAAAACCCUUCCCUAUGACGGAGACACUUUCCAGUUGGAGUACAUGGACCUGGAGGAGUUUCUGUCCGAAAACGGCAUUCCCCCCAGCCCUCAGCACGACCAAAGCCCGCACCCCCCGGGGCUGCCGCCCGCCUCCUCCGCUGCCCCCUCCGUGGUGGACCUCAGCAGCCGGGCCUCUGCACCCCUUCACCCUGGCAUCCCGUCCCCGACCUGUAUGCAGAGCCCCAUCAGACCAGGUCAGCUGUUGCCGGCGAACCGCAAUACACCGAGUCCCAUCGAUCCCGACACCAUCCAGGUCCCGGUGGGUUAUGAGCCGGACCCGGCAGACCUCGCCCUGUCCAGCAUCCCUGGCCAGGAAAUGUUUGACCCUCGCAAACGCAAGUUCUCCGAGGAAGAACUGAAGCCGCAGCCCAUGAUUAAGAAAGCUCGCAAAGUCUUCAUCCCUGAGGAUCUGAAGCAGGAUGACAAGUACUGGGCAAGGCGCAGAAAGAACAACAUGGCAGCCAAGCGCUCCCGCGACGCGCGGCGGCUGAAGGAGAACCAGAUCGCCAUCCGCGCAUCCUUCCUGGAGAAGGAGAACUCGGCCCUGCGCCAGGAGGUGGCCGACUUGCGCAAGGAGCUGGGCAAGUGCAAGAACAUUCUGGCCAAGUACGAGGCCAGGCACGGGCCCCUGUAGGACGGUAUGGAGGGGGCUGGCUUUGGACUAGAUGGAAACUGCGUCCCCGUAUGACAGCACCACACCCCACCCGCCCCUCCCGACAUCAGCACUUUACCGGAGGCAUCAAUCAACACAACUGACUCCCGCUGUGGCGUGUGCGCGCUGGGCGCACGGGCUUGAGCGCGCGUGUGGCCAGCGGUGUGCGUUCCUUUGCACUUGCCAUUUCCAGAGAACCCUCUCAUCCUCUUUUAGCUCCCCAAACAGAAAGGUGCCAUGUUUUUACUGGACUGUGGAGACCUCUGGCGGGGUUUCCUGCCCCUCUCCUCCUCCCCACUCCUGCCCUUUCCACGCGGCUUUGUGGUCGCUCUUCCCUGCUCUGCCAGGACCCUGUGUUUGGAUCCACCGAAAGGGCCCUGGGAGAACAGGAGCUCUCAGUUUUCAAGACCCGUCUGUAAGUUACCACGCCAACACGGUGCACAAAAGAACCCAGCACUACUCCGCGCCCUCUUCAGUUGUAGGUCGCUUUCCUCAUCUUUUCGGUUUGGAUGAUCAUCGUCUUCGCAUUGAAAGUGCUGUUCAGAUUAAUUAGAUCCCAUAUUUUCUUACCGUGCUAUCUACUAAGUUUCCUUUUCAUUCUGCCCACCCCAGAUCCGUAAGAGUACUCUUAUAGACCACAGAGUGUGUUUUUGCACUGUCUGUACCUAAAGCAAUAAUCCUAUUGUACGCUAGAGCAUGCUGCCUGAGUAUUACUAGUGGACGUAGGAUAUUUUCCCUCCCUGAGAAUUCCACCCUCUUUUAAAAAACAAAAAUGAUAGCAAUGCAUUUGAGCAUGCCCAGAACAUCCCCACCCAGGACAGGGAAGCAGAGGGAAAUGGCAGGUCUGAGAAGGAAGGGCUACUUUAUCAGCAUAGGAGCAAAAAAA